AUGGCAGAUAAUAACGUUAAUGGUAUUGUUGAAUAUUCUGACUUCUUUUGGUUAGAUACUACAAUAGAAAAUUCGAAUCCAAAUCGUGAUACAAAAUCACUUUUAAGACAAAUAGCUCGAGGUCGAUUAAAAACCUUUGGUGAUCGUGAUGAAUGUGUUGAUAGUAUACUUGACAAAUUGGAUACAGAAAAAAUAUGCCUUAUUAUUUCGAGUUCAGUUGGUGAACGGGUAGUACCAUUUAUUCAUGAGUGGCCACAAAUACAAACUAUUUAUAUUUACUGUAGUAAUCGACAACGAGCUGAAGAAUGGACACAACCAUAUACAAAAAUUACUGGCAUAUUUACAGAUAAAAAGACAUUCUUAAAUAAAAUUUGCGAUGAUGCUGGUGCACAUGGAAGAGAUUCUGAACUACCAAUGAGUGUAUUUCAUCUUGAAGAAAAACAAAAUUCACUACAAAAUCUAACUUCUGAAAGUGCAAAUUUUAUGUGGUAUCAGUCAAUACUUCACGUUAUUCCAUUAAUGGCAAAGUAUUGUAAUUCCAAAACUGAAAUGAUUAGAGAAUGUCGAGCAAAAUAUCAUAAUGAUAAAAUUGAAAAAAAGAAAAUCAAUGAUUUCGAACAAAAUUAUAAACCAGAAAAAGCAGUAUGGUGGUAUACAUAUGAUAGUUGUAUAUAUGGAUUAUUGAAUACGGCUCUUCGAACACAAAACACUGAAAUUAUAUUUACAUUUAGAUUUUUUAUUAAUGAUCUUCAUAAUCAAAUUCUACAACUUUACAAACAAUAUUUAGAAUCACAUUCCUCUAUUACUAAUCAUAAGUUAACUGUUUAUCGUGGUCAACGUAUGAAAAUUAAGGAAAUUCAUUUACUGGAAAGAAGUGUAAAGGAACUUAUUUCAAUGAACAGUUUCUUAAGUGCUACAACAAUAAAGGAUUUAGCUGAAAUCUUUGCAGAUACAAGUGAUCAAUCAAAUGAAGCAUCACCAUUACAAUCUGUUUUAUUUAUUAUUAAUAUUAGUAAUAUGACUAAAGAUACAACACCGUUUGCAUUUAUUCAGAAUUUCUCAUGUUGUCGUGAUGAAGAAGAAGUAUUAUUUUCGAUUGGUGCCAUUUUCAAAGUUGUAUCAGUCAUACAACAUCAGAAUAAAUGGCAUGUAAAUUUAGAAUUAAGUCGUCAACAAAAUGAACUUUGUCAAAAUUUAUCUGAAUAUAUGAAAAAGCAGACUGGUUCAGAUCCAAGUCCCAUAUCUUUUGGUUGGUUUUUAUAUCGUAUGAGUAAAUUUGAAAAAGUCGAACGUUAUGCAAAUAUUCUUCUUAAAGAACUUCCAGAAAAUGAUAAAGAAAUUGGAAAUGUUUAUAAUCUACUUGGUCUCAUGUAUAAAGCAAUGAAUCGUCCCGCUUUAGCUGUUGAAUAUUAUAAAAAAGCAAUUAACAUUUUUGGUCAACAUGGGCUUGGCAAAAGUUCUAAUGUUAUUGCGAUACAUUAUAAUGCUGGCUUAGCUUAUUUAGAAUUAGGUGAUAAUGAAAAGGCCGAUGAGCAUCAGAAACAAGCUGAAGGAAAAUUAGUAAAUUCAUCAAAAGCACAUGAUCCAUUACUCUUUGCUCAAACAGCUAGUCUUAAAGCAAAGAUUCAAGCGGUGAAUGGCGAUUAUACAAGUGCUCGUGAAAAGCUUGAAGAAGCUUUAGAAAAAAAAAGAAUGAAUUAG